AUGUCCUCGCCAAAGUGGAAGAUCGCAAUGGGCUGCGAUGAAGCCGGUGUCUCGUACAAAGACAAGAUCAAGGCCGACUUCGAAGCCGACCCGCGAGUCGAAUCCGUAACCGACGUCGGCAGCUUCGCCCAAGAUGACAAGACGGCCUAUCCCCACCGAGCAGCCGAGGCAGCACAACUGGUCGCCGACGGCAAGGUCGAUAGAGCGCUGUUAAUCUGUGGAACGGGAUUAGGUGUCGCCAUCUCGGCCAACAAGGUCAAGGGAGUCCGGGCCGUCACGGCGCACGACAGCUUCUCGGUAGAGCGGGCGGUGCUCAGCAAUAACGCACAGGUUCUCUGCAUGGGCGAGAGAGUGGUUGGACUUGAGCUUGCGCGGCGGCUGGCGAAGGAGUGGUUGGGUUAUGUGUUUGAUAUCACGAGUGCGAGUGCGGCCAAGGUGGACGCCAUCACGGAGCUGGAGAAGAAGAUGUAG